AUGCUCUGUUCCAAGUGCAAGGGUUGCCUCCAGACGGAAGCUUGCUUGACCACUGCCCAGGCAUCUCACUCUUUAGCACAUCACCAGACGUACCAGAGUCUGGAGCAAGCUAUUGACGCGGGAUGUUAUAUCUGCAAUCGUUUCUGGGAGGCCCUGAAUGCCCAAGAGCAUGUGCUUCUCUCUAGCACUGUGGGCGAAGGAGUAGAGCCAUCAGGUGCAUAUUGCUCCAUUGAAUCAGUUCAACACUAUCUCACAAGUACUUCUCUGGAUGAUGGGAAGUCUUAUGGUCACCCUGGCUGCUACCUUCUACAGGUUGCAUACAACAAGCCUGCCAUCACAACCUGCUUCAGAGCGAGCUUUCUUCUUGAACCUGUCGAGUGUGCAAAUACAAACCUCGCACGCCAGAGCCUUGCCCAAAGCACACAAUCCCCAGGGACAUUAUCUUUGGCCAAGGAUUGGGUCAGAGAAUGUACCGCGCAUCAUGAACGAUGCAAAAGGCCCGUCGGCGAGAAGCCAUGGUACCCGACACGCCUGCUCUUCUUCGACCUCCCUGAGGCAUCAAUAGUCCGCUUGCUGGAGACGAAUCAAAUAACUCCUGUUGGACAAUACAUGACACUCACUCAUCGCUGGGGACCUGUUGACCAUAUAAUAUUAACAAAAGAAACAUAUCCACAGCUGCUCGAAGGCCUUCCCUUAUCUACCUUACCCCAACUCUUCCGGGAUGCCGUUUCUAUCUGUCGCCAUUUGGGCGUAGGAUAUAUUUGGAUUGAUUCUCUCUGCAUCUUCCAGGGCAACGAUAACAUUGGAGAUUGGCAGCAUGAGGCUUUGCUUAUGAAGAAUGUGUACUCAAAUUCAUUUUGCAACAUCUCGGCGGCCGAUACCCCCAAUUGCUCUCAAUCGAUUUUCAACAGCAGAGAUCCCCGUUUGCUUAACCCCCAAGUGGUAGAGCUGACCCUGUGUGGGGAGGGCAGCUCAAAGAUUACAGAGCGUUUUGUCCUUUCAGAUUAUAGCUUCUGGAAAUCGGAGGUCUCAAACGCCCUUGUGAACAAAAGAGGUUGGGUUCUUCAGGAGCGCUUCCUAGCCCCUCGCAUCCUUCACUUUAGCAAGCGACAACUCAUCUGGGAGUGCUGCGAGAAAGACGCUGCGGAAGUCUAUCCUGAUGGGCUGCCGCUUGCCCUCUCGACAUCAUCGGACGCGAGAUUUAAACAGAUGGAUUCAUCCGACUAUACUGGUCGAGUGGACCGGUACAGGUAUCGCGAGGCUGACGGUAAUUCCGCUCCUCAUUUGCUGUGGCUUCGCAUUGUGGAACUGUAUACAGCUUCUGCUCUCAUAGUUCCCAGCGAUAAGCUCAUUGCGUGUUCCGGUAUUGCCAAAAGGGUGGCCGAGAUCGUGCAGGACGAUUACGUUGCUGGUAUGUGGCGUCGGUAUCUAGAAGGCGAAUUGCUGUGGAUGGUACAGGGCAAUCAUCAGCCCGGACGUUGGACGCGACCUAGAGAAUAUCGUGCUCCCAGUUGGUCUUGGGCUUCAAUUGAUGGCCCGAUCACUCCCGGCGAGCCACGAAUUCAAGAUUCGUUGAUUACGGUUGAAGACUACCACCUUGAUUACUGGACAAGCGAUAAGACUGCUGCAAUUCGUGGUGGUUGGCUACGCCUUCGUGGAGUCCUCAAGAAGACAACUUUAGCACGCAAAAGCUCUACGCCGGGCGGAGGCUACCAUUGGGACAUGAUGUUAGAUAAUGAAAGGGUCAAUGUCCUGGAGGAUGCAUCGCCGGGCAACACUGAGCCGCGAGUGAUGCUUGAUAUUCUCCAGGAAGACUUUAAGGAAGAAACCACCAAAGGAUUGUUGUUCUCUAUGUGUGCUAGGUCGAAAACUGGGGAUGGAAGAGGUAUGUACAUACUGCUGUUCAAGAUGGUUGAAGGAGAGACGGGAAUCUUUCGCCGUAUCGGCCUUGCCUAUGCCUGGAGUGAGAAGGUGAAGGAAAGGAUCCUAGCGAGUAGCGCGAGAGAGCCGCAAUUACCAUGUCUUGAGUAUCGAGAUGGAUUGCAUUCUAUAUGCAUCAUCUAGAGCACGUUAAAGGUAUGAGGCACGGAAAUACUAAGAUAUCUCAUGCCUGCAAUGAAGUGACAACUUCCCCAAGC